AUGAAUAAAUCUUCACAUGGAAACACUAACACAAAUUUAAUGAAAGAAAGAAAGCCAAAGCAAAAAACAGAUGAUGAAAAAGAUUAUUCCAAAGAAAAAAUAUCAAAUCAUACAGAUUUUUAUAAUGUGAUUUUCUUAUUACUGCUUUAUACUAUACAAGGUGUGCCCAUAGGGGUUUCAUCUGUAGUCCCUCUAAUAAUUCAGGAUAAAGUUAGCUACUCCCAGCUAAGCAUGCUAUCAUUGAGUAGUAUACCUUUCAGCUUAAAAUUAUUAUGGGCACCCAUUAUAGAUUCUGUAUAUAUAAAGAAGUUUGGAAGGAGAAAAAGUUGGAUAAUUCCAUUACAGUUAAUAUGCAGCCUUUUGAUGAUAUUCUAUAGUUUACGGGUUAGCACAUGGUUAGGAGAAAGAAAUGGGUCAAUAAACUUAUAUUCCUUGACCUUCUUUUUUUUUAUUCUAUUUUUUUUAAUGGCUACCCAAGAUAUUGCAGUGGAUGGAUUGGGUUCAAUAUGCAAUAUUUUAGGACAAAAUAUCGGGUAUUGUGUAUCUCAACUAUCAUUUUUAACCCUAAAUAAUAAAAAAAUAUGUUUUUAUUUACUUAAGAAAUAUGUCAAAAUUAUGCAUUCAAUAUUUUAUAAGUCAGAGUAUUAUAAAAUGCUGAACGCCAAUUUAGAUUUAAUAUAUCCUACUUUUCAGCCUUUUGUUGAUAUGAAUGUGUUUUUAAAAUUUUGGGGUUUAUUUAUUUUAUUAUUAACCAUACUUACAUUUUUCAAAAAAGAAAUAUCAAAUAAUAAGGAAAACGAAAACAAUAAAAUUAUUGAACAAGAAAAAGAACAAAAGAAUAAAUCACAAAAUAUAUCAAAUGCCCCCAAAAAAGAUGAAAACGAAUUUAGAAAUGCAAAAGAGACGUAUAAAAAUUUGUACGAAUUAUUAUUCUUACCCCCAAUGAAAAUAUUUAUUAUUUUAUUUUUAAUAAAUCGAUUACCAUUUGCAUCCGUUGAAGUUGCAACAAAUUUUAAAAUGUUAAAAAAAGGAAUAACAAAAGAAGAAUUUGCAAUAUUUAAUCCAUUCUUUAUACCUAUAUCAAUUAUAUCACCAGCUAUUAUUGGAAAAGUUAUACAAAAAACUAAUCAAUUAAAUGUAUAUUACUAUGGGUAUAUGUUACGAUAUAUUUCUAAUAUUGUUUUAUCGACAUUAUUACCAUUAACUGAAUAUAUGUAUUCAAAUAAAACUCACAUACCUCAAAUAUUUUUUUAUAUUUAUUAUUUGUAUAUAUUUGGGGCUCAAAUAUUUAAUAAUCUCUGUAUAGACUUGAUGUCAGUUUCAUCGAUGGGAUUUCAAAAUGUAAUAUCAGAUCCACAGAUAGGCGGAACAUAUAUGACAUUUUUAAAUACCAUUAAUAACCUGGGCGCUCACUGGUCAACGAUGUUUUUAUGGUUGCUUGAUUAUACAGAUAUGACAAUUCCCUACAAAGGGGGGUAUAUAUUCAUUGAUGGUUUUUACACACAAAUGAUAUGCUCAUUCUUAGUUGGGAUACUAAUUAAUAGUUUUGUUUUAAAAUGUAUUAAAAAAUUACAGAAUUUCCCAAUAGAAGACUGGAGAACAUAUUCCGAUAGUAUUACAAAAAAGCAUAUUUAG